AUGGCCACAAUGUUGUGUUACGAAGGGAAAUUAAGCCUUUACUGCUUUUUGGGUGGAAUGGUGAGUCUGCUGGUUUUUUAUGGAGUAGAAUCCUUUUGGUACGAAGAAAGCAUGUGGACCAAAAUAGCUUUUGCAGUUGGCUACUAUGUUGCGCUGAACAUUCUUAUCCGGCUAAGGUACAACCCCCGGGAUUAUCAGAUUGCUGUAAGGGCCGCUUUUCUGGGCGCUGUUUUAUCCGCUGGUAUCAUUGUUUUGCUUGUCGCCAAUGAGCGUUACAAAGCAUUUGGCAUUUACGCCACACUUAUGGCGAUGUUUCACUAUUCCGAGUACCUUGGAAUAGCAAUUUGCAAUCCUAAAACCCUUUCGACGGAUUCUUUCAUACUGAACCAUUCAGUACACUAUGCCCUAGCAGCCGCAGCCAGCUGGGUGGAGUUUUUCGUUGAAGUGCACUACUUUCCUGAAAUAAAAUCCUACAAAACAAUUUGGAUGGCUGGUGUGUUGUUAUGUCUCGCAGGAGAAUCGCUUCGGAAAGUGGCGAUGAUAACGGCCAGCAAAAACUUCACUCACAUUGUUCAAUUCGAACGGCACAACGAGCAUGAACUCGUGACGCACGGAGUAUACAGUUGGAUGAGACAUCCAUCGUAUGUCGGAUGGUUCUAUUGGUCUGUAGGAACACAGAUAACGCUUGCCAAUCCGUUGUGCUUUGUGAUCUAUGCCAUCGCAAGCUGGAAGUUUUUCCACGAUCGUAUCCUGAUGGAGGAAAUAACGUUGCUGAACUUUUUUGGCGAAGAAUACAUACAGUACCAGGAACGUGUUCCAUCGGGUCUGCCGUAUAUAAGAGGAUUCCGGGUAGAACCAUGA